AUGCAGUCGAUGGUGAUGAUCUUCCUCGUGUUCGGUGUUUCGGUGCAGGCCGAUGUGAUUGUCCUGGACUGUUUCCGGGGUGAAGUCAGCUACAGUUGUCUGGUGGAGAAGACGGCGAACGCGUUGGAGCGUACCCUGAACUGGGAUAUUCCCGUCAUCGAUGGAGUCACGCUGAAGAGGAACGGGGAGGUGGUGAACGCGAGCGCCGAAGGCAGGAGCGCGCAUGGAGUGCAGAGGUUGAAGUCGGUUAUAGGGAGGUUCCUGCAGUCGCACACUCUGUCCAUCGACCUCUCCAGGCAGCUCGGAAGCGGCGACGGGUUCAAGGACGGCACCCACGGCAUGAAGGUCAGCAAGAAGGAGCGAAAGUACUUCCACUACACGAUGAUGGUGCUGCUGGGAAUCUUCGGACUCUCUGCGCCGCUCAUCAUGAAGACUUUGGCUUUGAUCGCCGGCAAAGCGUUGAUCGCAAGCAAAAUUGCUCUUCUGAUGGUCGGAUCCGUGGCGCUGAAGAAGAUCUUCCAAUCGGACGGCGGAGAUUCCGGCGUCAAAGUUCACACUCACACCAUUCCCAUCCACGAAGACGAGCACGAUCGAUACAUGGACGCUUCAGAGUACAGCUUCCACAAUGCCAACGGCGCUGGUCAAGGCAUCUGA